AUGUAUGAGUUUUACUCCACAAACUUCAACUAUCAGCCGCCGGCUUAUCCAAAUCCUUAUGCCUAUAACGGGCCUGAUAUGAAUUCAUCGUGUGCACACCGGUUUCCAGGCUAUGGGUUCCAUUCUCCAGGCCCAAUACACACAACUGCUGCUGUACCAAGCUACCAGCCUUGUGAGCGAGUUUCGAACGUCUCAAGAUUGGAGAGCGUGAGAAUGGCCAACAACACGCCCUUGCGUUCAGAUUUCUGCACUAAAACGCUGCACCAUUUUCCACCCACUCCACCACCAAACAUAAACACUAUCAACUGCAGCGAUGAGCCGCUAAAGAAACAAAGCAUGGAUAAAAUGCUUGAAGACAGCGAUGAAGGUAAGACAAGCUUCCGUGUGUGUUCCAUCGAUGGCGAAAAGUUCUUUCUCUUGCCUUACUAUGAAAUGACCGAUUGAAAACGGCUUUACGAUUUAAUUGUUUUUAUAACUCGACCUUGUGAACUAUUGAUUGAAUAUUCUGAACUAGGAAAUGAGUUUUUAAUACUGCUAGCACUCCGUCUCAGAGAACUUUGGGUCUACAGUGCUGUCUGAAAUUUCGUGCCACAUGCUCAAGGUCCUGUAUCAUUGAAAGUGUUGCUCGUUGCCAAGGCCAGAGCAAACAUGGGACAAAAUUACGCUGCAUUAGAAAAUCAGACAUUAUAUCUCUUAAAAGAACUGAAUUAAGGAAUCACCAUUAAUUGACAGCAAAGGUAAGCUCGAGUAUAAAAUCAAUAAAGUGCGCACUCUUUUACCGAAAGCAGUCGCGUUUUCCAGGAAUGCAUUAUUACUUCAAACAAUGAAAUGUAACUAGCCUUUAUAGCCUUUUGUUCGUGUUGGUUUUUCCCCAUACCAAAAAGAAAUGGAAGAAAAUAGGAUAAAUAAGCCAGCGUUAAUCCCGCGACUCAAUCAGCAGGGUGUGCAAAAGUCUGACAGAACUAUGCUUUGAUCCUGCGAAAUGAUUUGAUUCUCUUCUACUGUACGUGUCUUUGAACCUUAAGCUGCUGUAAUAUGGCAAACCGUUUGAAAAUCCAUCUAGUUUCUUUUUUUGGCAACGUUGUGUGGACUUCUUGAGAGUGACAAAAAAAAUUUCUAAAGAAUCACCUGAUCACCAUUAAACAAGUGACAAGUACACAAGGUUGAUCCACUCCAUACACCAAAGAUAACUUAUUUUUAAUUCGGGAACAAUUAAAGGACCAGAUCUUACUACAAACCAGCUCUAGCGAGUUCGCAUUUCAAUAUGCUGCAGAUAUUUCGUCUCUUGAAGCUGUUUACUUGAGGAAAUUGCAGCUGUGCGGGCUGAAAAUUAUGACACCGCUAGCGGGCGUCAUGAACUUUGACUAUCAAACGUGAUGAAACAGGACGUCCUUCAAUAUUUUCACAAUGCUUUCUCUUUUCAAGUUCUAUAUCCUGAUAACGCCUGAAAAGUAUCACCUGCACUGGACACCGAGUCUUUUCUGAUCGGGUUUGCCUUUGCGUUGACGGAAAGAAGGCUGCGAUCUAUCCUAAACCAGACUUCUUGACUACAUGUCGGGACUCGAAAUAGAACUUAAAAAAUGCCUUUUUUAUCUAAUUCUUUGCAGUGAGAACGUGAGAAAUUAGGAUAUGACGUGUUACAUUUGUAAUCCCACUAGUUAACAAAUUGAAUAAUUAGAAACUAAGGCCUAGAGGAUUGGAAUAUCAAAGAAACAAAAAGAUACCCCGCAGGCGAAAAUGUCGGCUCUUUUUAAAUAAACUGCACGAAAUACAGGUCUAAACAGAAUCUUUAGAUCUAUUAAAGAUUAAACUGUGGGAACUUCCUAUUUCUACCGAUGGUCGAUAUUUUCAAAUAUCUCCAAUGUCGCACGAAAAGAAUGAUCACAUUGAGUUCAAACCUUAAUCAUUUAAGUGGAUUCAUAGGUGUGUAUCACUGAUUUACUUUCAAUUCUGCAUUUCAGCUUGUGUAAUAUUUUGAAGAAUUGUGUGAUAGUGUAAAGCAUUACAGAGGAAAAAACUUCAAAUACGGCAUACCUACGCAAAAGGCAAAGUAAAAUAUUCCUUAGACCUCUGCUCCUUUUAAAUCUACACGAUAAUAAAAUUGUAUAACAGGUCGAAGGUUCUUGAAAAAGCAAUAUUUCCAAGUAGAGCUACCAGGCGUAGAUCACGAUUUAGGCUGAAACCAAAAAUUUUCAUCCAAAAUAUAAAACAAACGACAAUGUGGAUGUCGCGUAAAAAUUAAUAGAAUUGCCUUUUUCAACUGGGUGAAAACAGUACUUCGUGAAAGAAAAGCUCUGAAGCUUUCUCCUAAUUAUGUAAGAUGUCUUCAGACAGUGUGUUUGGUUUUAAAAAUUUCUUUCUUUCUUUUAUUUCAUAUGAUAAAAUAGAAGGUUCCAAAAACAAGGCAAGGAAGGAAAGAACAGUAUUCACAAAAUAUCAGCUACACGAACUUGAAAAAGAGUUUGGCCGAAACAACUAUUUGACCAGACUGCGUCGAUACGAAGUGGCUGUCAGUUUGGACUUAACAGAGAGACAAGUGAAAGUAUGGUUCCAGAACAGAAGAAUGAAAUGGAAAAGAGUACGAGGAGGAAUACCCCCCAAGAAAACUGCUUAUGCGGAUCAAAUGGAUCUGGCAAUUUAUUGAACAGUGGUACGAAAGAUUCUAAUUUUUCGUCAUAAAGUUAUUGGUGCAAACUUAAAACACUGUAAGGUCUAUUGAUCAAGAAAUUAUUUGCCUUUUGUUACCAAAUGUUAUGAAGGAAUCUUUCUUUGAGUUCAUGUUCUAUAUUAUUAAGUAAAUGUACGAAAUUGCAUUUUUCAAAGUUUUGAUCAAUUCUUCCUCCUUCAGACGAUGGUUAAAAUAACAAUUUUUUUAUAUAUAUAUUGAAUUACCUAAUUGAUUGAAAUAGGAUUGACUGAUUUUAAUUUAAAACCAGCACCGCACCAUGCACUCACUUGUUAAAUGGUUUUUCCUCAACCAUUGUCUUUUACAUUUAAUUUACAUUCAACAGCACUGUAUCAAAUCUCCCAAAACAUCGAAUCAAACCCGACCUUCGAUGUCUUAUAAUUUCCUUCAGGAAGUGUUAAGCUCAUAAGGUAUAACACUUGUGCAAUUUCACCUGAUUUAUUCUCCAAUUAACAGGAAUUACAUUGGGCUAACAAACGCUAAAUGCUGACAUAAACAACUCAGCUUGGCAAAUGCUGGGAACUCAUGCUCAAUAGAUUUUUGACGUUCAGUUUUAGAACGUUCUUUUCAUUUGUUUGUUCAAAGUGAAAUACUGUACAUCUUCUUUGAUAUAAUCAUUUUAUUCAGAGAGAUCAUUCCGGUGUAAGAGUUUAUUUUAGUUAUGUAUAGAAAUGCACAUAAUUUGGAGAGAUCACACAUCAAGAAUGUCUGUGUUCAGCUAUUUAUUGUUUAUACAAAUUAUUUACAAGAAUGCUUUGAAAAAAUAUUUACCACGAUAUAAUGCGUUACCGCAAGCGUAGAUAUAUGUAUACAUAAAAUAAAAACAGUGUGAUGUAAAGUUAGAAUAACAC